AGUUUUUCAAUAUUGAAUCAAUUAAAGAGCAAAGUCUACGAACAUGCACGCAAGAAUCGAAUCAGCUGAUUUGAUUGGCGCACUUUGUGCUUUUUGAAUAAACAAUGCAUACUCCCAAAAAUUUAUGUCGUAUUUUUUCUAUCAUCGACCGAUCGAUGAUAUGGACAUGUUUGUCUUCAUAUUCAACAACCACAGCCUCUGAUAGACGACGGGCAGGUAUUCCAAAAAAAUUACCGAUUGCAGGUGUUAAAAAUGUCUUACUUGUAUCGUCAGCUAAAGGCGGUGUUGGAAAAUCAUUGAUUGCUGUUAAUUUGGCCUAUGCUAUUAGAUCUUUAGAUCAGAACAAAAGAGUUGGCAUACUUGAUGCCGAUGUAUAUGGGCCAUCAUUACCAACUAUGAUUGGUUUAAGAGAAAAACCCACAACUAAUAAACAAAACCUAAUAAUUCCAUUGGUUAACUAUGGAGUAAAAUGUAUGUCUAUGGGAUUUCUAGUCGAUGAAGAGAAUCCAAUCGUUUGGCGUGGAUUAAUGGUCAUGUCUGCCAUGGAAAAACUUUUACGAUCAGUGUAUUGGGGAGAACUAGAUGUAUUGAUUGUUGAUAUGCCACCUGGAACAGGCGAUACUCAAUUGUCAAUUGUACAGAACAUACCAAUCGAUGGUAUUAUUAUGGUUACGACACCUCAAAAAGUUUGCCUAGCCGAUGUUGUUCGUGGUACAAAAAUGUUUAAUGAUUUAAAUGUUCCUAUUUAUGGAUUUGUAAAAAACAUGAGCCAUUUUGUAUGUGGUAAAUGCUCACAUCAUGAACCAAUUUUUGAUUCCAACGAAUUAGAAGGUUUGGCUAAAAAAUUUAACACAAAAAUUUUAGCCAACAUCCCUUUGGAUCGUAAUUUAUCAAAAGCUGCUGAUGAUGGUUGCCCGUUAGUGAUCAAAAAUGUUAAUAAUCCAAUUUCACAAAUAUUUAUUCAGCUUGCAGAAAAAGUUUUAUCCAAAUUAGAAAAUCAAAGAUGAAAAAAUUAAACGAUGUUCAGAUCAGAAAUCGCUUCGUCAACAGAACGAAACAAAACAACUUUCCAGAGCAAAAAAACUACAAAUUAACGUAUCUUUAUUGUUCUGGCCGUUGUUUCGGAUAAUCGUUUGUUCAGAUAUCCGUUCAAUCAUCAAUUCUGAUACAUCGCAAUUAAAUAAAUAAAUGAUCUUUUAUAAUAA